ACUACAUUAAAAGCAUAGGGUGGUGACAUACACUCAUCUACAGUUAGGAGUAACACUUUAGGAUGAAUAAGGGGACCAUCCUCGGGUUAGCCGUGUGUUUCAUCGGACUUCUAUGUGUGGCAAAGGCUCAAGAGAAAGUACCAUGUCUGGAGUACACAGAGUAUCAACUGACCACACUUUACGAAUCGGGAGGUUGUACAGUGAAGAGAGAUAUGGAACUCGGCUGCGCUAGAGUCACUGACUGCCCCAAUACAUGCCGUGUACUGACGGAUAGACAACGCAGACGAGACUUUGUUCUUGGAGAGCGUUGGAAAAAGACAAUGUACAAAUGUGACUGUGUCACCACUGAGGUGCUAUUGGGUGAGAAGGACCCCACGGCCGUCCCACAACCUCCACCUGGUGCCCCCGCAUACCCGCCGAGAUCCCGCUGUAGACUAAAAGGAUGUAUGCACCCUGACUUCGAAAAUACGUUUAUGAAACCAAAGGAAAGAUAUGAAACUAAAGAAAGGGUGUGCAUUUGUGGCAAGGGUCCAGAUCCAGAAGUAACAGAAUUCAACACCCUUUUCCGACUUAAAUGUGCAAAUUUUGAAUUCGCUAUUUGCAAAGUUUUUGGAGAAUUGAAUGGAACCAUAGUAUUCAAGCAACUAUCAAGUGGUGGCGUCACAUACAUACGAGGCAGUAUUGCUGGUUUCGACACGGCUGAUUCUGAACUUUUACAUGGCGUCCACAUCCACACGUACGGUACUCUGAACUCUGACUGUACCGGCGGAGGUCCUCAUUUCAACCCACUAGGCCUGGAUCAUGGUGGCCCUAUGGAAGAUCAAGUCAAAGAGAAACGACAUGUUGGAGACAUGGGAAACAUCCGGGAAUCGACAGAUUAUCCAGGACAUUCGGUUUUUAGCAAAGAGGACCAUGUCAUCUCAUUAGUUCACCACAAUAACGUUGCAGGUAGAUCUAUAAAGAUCCAUAGUAAGGCCGAUGAAAGCUUAGAUGCCGAGGGCAUAAUUUUGAGCCCAGGUCGUCCAAUCGGAUGCUGUGUAAUGGCCCGGGCCGAUUCCAGUGUCUGGGAGAAAUCUGAGACGCCUGAAAAAGAUGAUAAAUAUAUGUAAUAAACAAAGACAGAUUUAACAUCGGUCAGUGAACCAUAUUAAUCAAUCGAAUACACUGCAUGGUAAUACAAAGACUAGGUGAUGGUACUUGCAGCAACAUUAUGAUUGUGAAAUAGAAGAGUUUGUAAACACAUGAUUGUAUUAGGCUGUACAACUAAUUCUGAUUGCGAUGGAAAAUAAAAAACUAGCGAUAACAUGGCACUGUAUUGAGAGACGCAACUAACAAGUCAACUAACCAUGGCCAUGUGUUGAGCCUGAAUUUUGAGUUAAGUAAAACAGACUAUGACUAUAAAUACAUGUACAGGUAUUACCUCAUAUCGACACUUUCCAACAAAAUUUGCACCCAUUUUGUUGGACUGUGUCGAAAAUAACACUGUAUGUACAUAUAAGAUGCAAUAAAUAUAAAGAAUUAUGUUAAAAAUAA